AAGGAUGUCGUCGGUAAAGACCGGAAGGCAAACGAGCAGACGAAGAACAAUGCCGCAUACCCCAUGUGUUAGUUUGUUGUGUCCUUCAGGCCCGGUCUUGGACGAACCACGGGAGCGAAUUAGGAAGGGGGCGGGGUGAAGUCAUGCAUUAUUUUGAGGCUGGUCGUUUGCGUGGGAAGGAACGUGUGUACCACUAAAAAAGUAAACGUUUGGGCAGAAUUCGAGAUAUUCUCGUCCAAGCAGGACAGGUGUACGUGUGAGUCACAGUUCCAAACUUUUGACCGAGACUCCGUCUGCUGCCAAAGCCGAGAGUGAGUCAUCCACCGCAGAGCUACACAUUGAAGGGAAUUUUGUGGCCCGAUGACGGUUUUUGAGGACACGGUGCCCAGCCCGGCGUACGCAGGCGACAUGUCGGCCCAGGGAGAAGACCCGGGGCAGAAGUUACGGAUGCGGCCGUGGCUGGAGCAGCAACUGGACACGGAGAAAUACCACGGCUUCUGCUGGCUGGACAAGAAGGAGAGAAAAUUCAAGGUACCAUGGAUCCACGCUUCCAGCCAGCACUUCAACCACAUGAAGCACUCAGCAGUCUUCAAGGCUUGGGCUGUUCAUACAGGUCGGUUCGACCCUGAGAAGUCUGAGGUGCCGUAUGAGAAGGUGAGUCUGUGGAAAACGUGGAAGGCGAAUUUCCGCUGCGCGCUCAACUCCCUGCCGGACGUGGUGGAGCUCCGCGCCGAGAACUGCAAGGCGAAGGGCGAGGCGGCCUACAAGGUCUACAGGAUCGUGGACAGGAAACCGAAGCGCAGGAAAUCCAGAGGCUCCCAGUCUCACACAUCGCCCCCGCCCGUGAGCCACAAAACCGGGAGAGUCGUGAAGAAGAGAUCUGCUCCCAUAAAAUCGAACUGCCGACACCACAGAGGGAAGCAGCUGGCGGCUCUCGUCAGGCAAACACGUGAAGAAGCGCCCCCUUUCGGAAACAUCGACCAGAACACUUCGGAAAAGUUGCCACCUGACCACGCGUACUACACCAAGUCAGGCGCACCGUCAGAUACCGCCGACAGUUUGCUGACCUUCCCGCCCAGCGUGCCCGAGGCGUCGCACGGUUCCCCCGCCCAGCCCACAGACCCCGGCUCCACCGUGUUCCCGCUCAGCUUCGUCAAGACCGAGUCUUCCAGCGACGACGGAAGCGACAGUGAUAACAACAGUGACAUCAGUGAUAACGUGCCUACAGACGAGGAGGUAGUCGAGGACGUACUAGGACUGGAAGAAACCCACAGCAACAGAGGCAACAGUCCCGCCCGCGAUGCAAACGAUCUGGAAGAGACUGUCUUUCCCAACUCCGAGUCCUUCCCAACCGCUUUCAUGCAAUCGCCGGGACAGUGGCCCUCUAGCGGAACCAUUCCAAACUGCAGCACCCCUGGUUGGCUCGCGUCCAACUUCCAGAACACCGCGGCGUCCUGUGCGUCCUCCUCGGCCAGCGGCACCCCCAGCCCCGCCGUUGUCGUCCAGCCGGCCCGCUCGCUCGACCCACUGACUAACACCGACAGCUUGCUGCCAACGUUAGGCAUCGACGAGUCAACCAUGAAAGAAAUAAUGAGUAUCCUCCUCAAAGCAAAAACGACCCCUCCCGGACAGACAGCGUACUCCACCACGCUGACGACAACCGCCAGGAUGACAUGGCAGAGCCCACAACAUGCUGGGAACUAUGGAGGACUGACAAACAUGGACCAGGGGAACAACGCGCCAGCACAGACAGAACUGAUGCAGACUUCGACCGCUUCUCCCAUCCCAGUCCCACGGACCAACUAUCUUUACACCACAGGUGGUUCAAACCCCAUGGACCACUUCAAUGGUGCCGUGCCGGUAACUUCAGCCCCUGCCCAGCCCCAGUCACUGCUACACAGUCUGGUCCAGGGCAGUCCCAAACUCAUCACAACUACUACUGUUAGCGGGUGAGCACCCCUCAAAACCAAAAUGGAACGAGCCACUUGUCUUCUACCCUUUGAAGAAUAACAAAGCUUUGACAAGCCUCAAAGGUGGUGUCACCUAUAGAUGUUUUCUGUACACAAUGUUUGUGAAGAGACUUAAAGUCGGUAAAUAAUCAUAUUAAAUAUGGCCAGUCAUAAAAUAUAAGUUAUAUAUACAUGCUAUUCAUAAU